UCCUGAAAAUAUGAGGGAUGUGCUAGUCUUCCUUUGAUUUAACUAUAUCAUUUUAUUUUUGGACGAUUAAUCUUGAUAUUUAAUAAAUGUAAUAGAUUUGUGUUAUGUAUAAUUUGAAUUAUUAAACGAAAUUUCAAGUCAAUACAUCAGGUAUUUCGUCUUGUGGAAGUUAAAUUCCUGUUUCAGUUCGGCCUCGACUCAGGUCGUCCGACUGGAGUGCAAGACUAGCAUUAAAACAAAUAUGGCGGUGCCCAGGGCUGACUUCUGAAACACGAUGGAAAGUGGACGGAAGUUUCCGGGUGAUUCAGCAGCGACGAGUGAAGUACCUACUGCUCUACUUAUAUCCUUUGACGAUGAGCCUCCAGUCGAAGGAACAAAAGGAGGAAGUAUGGCAGAUCAGCAGGGCAGUGUUGAGCAGAAAAGCGACCCUGGAAGUGGAACUGAGCGAAGCCGAAGUGCGACUGAUCCGAUGCUGUUGGCGCUAGAUGUCGUGGCUGAUUGUCCGCCUAGUCGGGCCGACCCCGCCGGCCCAGCCGACCCCACUGGCGAGGGACGGGCCGGUGCAACAGUGCACGGAGACGAUACGAAUGCGGCAUUGAGUGCCAGUCAGAUCGACUCACAGAAACGGGGUACAAUGGAGGAGGUGAAACUGUGCGGUUACUUGAACAAAAUGGGGGACAAAGGGAUUAUCAAGACCUACAAGACCAGAUGGUUUGUCUUUGAUAGACAGAGAUGUCGUCUAUACUACUAUAGAACUCCACAUGAUCUGUUACCUCUUGGAUCAAUUGACAUAGCUAAUGCAACGUUUAACUUCGAGGCCAAUGACUCGACUAGUACCGGCCAGUUCCAUAUAUCUACGGGCGGCCGCAUUUAUCACCUACAAGCCAAAGACAGACACACGAUGAUGUUCUGGUUGCAAGAACUACAGGAACGUCGAAGAGCUUACAGUCAUCAGAGAACUUCACUGCAAAGAGAUAAAUCAUUGGGUCAUGUGUCGCCAACAUCAGUGCAACCCAAGACAGGUCUUGUCAGUACACAAAAGAUCAAAGACAGAAGUGGCGAUCCAUUCAGAGGUUUACCCCCUCUGCUGGGCCCAGUGGAAGUGCCCAGGCAUUCGGUUGGUGAGUCAACGGCGCAUACCACGCACCAAACAGGGGUGUUCAAUCUCUCCCUCACAAACCUCAAAACAGAAAUACGAAACCAGAUGUCAAGUCUCGGUUUACGACGUGCUAAUUCUGACGAAGCUUCGUUAGUGAAUCUUGCCACGGAACCAUCACAGUCUGAUCCACCCAGUGCAGCUAAAAGACCCACGUCACUAAACACAGCGCCCUCUAGUGGUAACCAGGAGCCAGGCCAGUCGGAGAGUAGCCCAGCAACUGAAGGGAAUAGGACUGCAUAUGGUUCAAUCAAAGCUGGAUUUAUCAAGAAGUUCAGUCGUACUAGUGGUGCUGAUAUACCAUCCCCAACAACAGUGUGGUUUGAGAAUCAGCCAUCGCAAGACUAUGAGUGUGCACAUUGUAGAAAGUUACAUUCUGAGUUGAAUUCAGUUCAGGAGGAAUUGGAGUUGGUUGAAAACGAGGCGUGUGCUAGCCAGGAAGUUAUCACGAUGCUGCAUAAACAACUGACUGCUACGCAGAUGGAACAUUCCACAAAUGAUAUCUUCCUUCAGAGCAAGACAGACAAGGAUAAGUUAUUGAUUUUGAAUCGGAAGGACAAGCAACUGAUUCAGCUCGAGCAGCUGCUGCAGGAAAUGCGAGAAGACAGAGAUAAUGUCAUGGAUCAGCUCAGGGCCAAGGAAAGGGAGGUGGAUCAAUUGAAAGAGCAGACCUCGAUGUGCAUGGAAAUGAUUGCUGCUAAAGACCAAGUAGUCAUGUCACUCACUCUCAAGCUGCAUGACUUGGAGCAGAAGGAGCCCAUCAGGUUGACCACCACACCCAAGGGCACAAUACAGAGCAGACCGGUGGACGGACCCCAGGGGAGAAACUCAACCUCCUUCACACGGCAGACCACCAAUAUUCCCUCCGUCGACCAGGCUGCAUUUGACAGACUAAAAGACGCUUGCCAGGCGUUUGAGACGCAGAACAAGUUUCUGAACACAGAGAUCCUGGAGCUGAAUACGAUCAGGGAAAAUGAUCUGCUGAGAGAAAGAAUGAUGUUUGAAAAAUAUUCAGAGCUAGAAGCUCAGUAUUACCGGACGCAGAGUAAAUAUCUGCUGCUACUGGACCAAAUGAAGACACCCAAACGAGGAUCGGAUUACUCUGUUGCUGAGACUGAUGAUGAACUCAUAUCCAGACUGAUAGAAGAAGCUAUAGAGUCAGAUACUAAUGAUGUGCAACAACCCACAAACAAAGCCGUCAACAAUGGUGGAUAUGACCGUUUUGGCUUCAUGCAGCAACUGGAACAGAGUGGUGAAGAGGCUAGCACACUGGCUUCCAAAGCGGCUGUGGCUAAGAGAAAAUCCGAGGAAAUUGAGUCCCUGCGCUCAAACCGUGGAGUUUCAGUGUCCAUCAAAUGGGAGAACUACCUUGUUCAGCAUGGUGAUGGGGAACUGACUAAAACGUUGGAGUUGAAGUCUUUGGUACGCCAGGGCAUCCCACACGAAUACAGGCACAGAGUAUGGAAGGCAAUGGUUGAAUGGCGUGUGAAGAGAGACAAGGAGCUAACCGGGCCAGGCUACUAUGACAAGCUCCUCAAAUCAGAGAAAUUCAAGAUGAACCCAGCCACCAAGCAGAUAGAACUUGACUUGCUAAGAACUCUGCCCACCAACAAGAACUUUGACAACAUUGAAUCUAAAGGGAUUCCGUGUUUGCGACGGGUACUGAAGGCCUACAGUGUGCACAACCCUGCGAUAGGAUACUGUCAGGGACUCAAUCGUGUUGCUGCCAUCAGUCUCCUGUUUUUGGAUGAAGAAGAUGCAUUUUGGUGCCUCGUUGCCAUUGUUGAGUGCAUCAUGCCGGCAGAUUAUUACAGUAAGACGUUGAUUGGUUCUCAGACUGAUCAGAGAGUCUUCAAGGAUCUUUUGUCAGAGAAGCUGCCGAGACUCAAUACCCACCUGGACAACUUUGGCAUUGAUCUGUCUCUUAUCUCCUUCAACUGGUUCAUUACGGUCUUCUGUGACAACGUCCCACCAGAGACUAUGGUGCGUAUCUGGGACACCUUGUUGUACGAAGGCAACAAGGUCCUGUUCCGUUUUGCCUUGGCGUUCUUGAAGUCGUGUGAGGCUGAGCUUUUGGCACUGCAUGAUUACAUCCUCAUCUUCAACUUCCUCAGGAAAAUGGCGUGCAAGAUGACGGACGUCCACCGACUCUCAGAGAUUGCCUUCUGUGAGUUAAACCCGUUCCCCAGGCGACACAUCAACGCAAAGAGGGUCUUCCAUAGAGCUCACAUCAAGCAACAACUAGAAGAGCUGGAUCGAAUGCGCGAUGAGUACGUCCCGAAGCGCAAACAGUCAGCAGAGGGCGUGAUCAGCGAUGACGACGAGGAUUACGACACGGUAGAAGCACUGGGUGGUAAGUCGUGAGAGUACGUCGGUUACGAGAACCGUCAACGCGAGACAUCAUCGUGGGAAGAGGCUGUGGUAGGGAAAAGAGCAUAACGCAAGCAGCUCACAGAAAAUAUAAUCAGUACAUGAGUGCAACUGGCAUUAUGUACAUUAUUAGCUAUCCCAUGAACGUGAGUAGAACAUCAAGAAGUUUGCGUUCAUGUUGACUCUCAUGUUUAGUGUGGACUGGGUUAAUAUCAGUAAUGUAUGCAGUUGCAGCUCGUGUAUUGAAUCUCCUUUGCGAGUUUGUGUAGUUCUUAACCAGCAAGAUCUGGUUGCUGAAAUCUGAACAGGAUUAACUCUUUCAGUGCCAAAGUCGUACAUGUAUGAGGUAUAUUUGUUAGUUCGAAAUUGCCAACCUCGUACAUGUA